CCCACUCUCCCCUCCUGCCGCAAUCCGCCCCACCCGAGAGUCCCUGCAAAACGCCGAGCAGAAAAGCUUUAGGUAGUGACUGAACCCGCUCUAUCUCCCAUCUCCGACCUCCUGCAGUGGCACCUGCGCACACAGGUUCUCUAAAGCUUAAAGAGACUAUGGUUGAAAAUUCACCAUCACCAUUGCCAGAAAGAGCGAUCUAUGGCUUCGUUCUUUUUUUAAGCUCCCAGUUUGGUUUCAUACUAUAUCUUGUGUGGGCAUUUAUUCCUGAGACUUGGUUAAACUCCAUAGGACUAACAUAUUGGCCGCAAAAAUACUGGGCAGUUGCUUUGCCAGUUUACCUCCUUAUUACUAUAGUAAUUACUUACAUAUUGAUAUUUGGAAUUAACAUGGUGAAUACUUCUCCACUGGACUCUGUUCAUACAGUCACAGAUAACUAUGCCAAAAAUCAGCCACAGAAGAAAUCUCAAGAAAAAGCUGUACCAGCCUUAAAAGAUAUACCAAUUAGUGAAGUAAACCAAAUGUUCUUUAUUGCUGCCAGAGGACUUUACACUAAAAGCUGAAUUAUGCAAAGAACAUCUCAAUCCCAAACAUUCAUUUAAAAAUUUUUGACUAGCAUUGUUUUGACUAUUGACCUUUCCCCCUAAAAUACGUUAUAUUAAUUGAGAAGGGGGAAAGAUCCAAGUGGAAUAGACAGUGACCUGGCCUGGGAUCCAGGAAAACCUUGGUUCAAGUCUCACUUCUGGGAUAGUAGUUGUAUGACCCAGAGCUAAUCACUUAACCUUUGAAUGCUAUAUUUAACUCUCUAAAACUUUAUGUUAUAGAGGGCAGGGGUGUCCCCAUAUCAAUUUAAUAAUGGGUCCAGUCCCUAUCCUUGUCAGAUUUUUCUGGGAAAAUGUUUCAAAUAUUGAUGAAUGGAAGAAAUAAAAUACUAUAUGUCAUAGAUGCUGGCAAAAGAAGCUCUAAUAAAACAUUAAAGUUGUAGUUAAUGAGUAAGAGUUAGGUCCUUUCUCAUUUGCUUAGUGAGCUAAGUAUUCAAACUAUUUGCCACAGAAUAGAUUGCAUCUGGUUUGAGUUCAACAAAUAAUUACUAAGUAAUAUGCAAGACACUGUGAUAGGAAUGCAACUGGGCGGUCCAGUGGAUUGAGAGCCAGGCCUAGAGACAAGAGGCCCUAGGUUCAAAUCUGACCUCAGACACUUCCUCCAG